AUGGAUAAGUUUCGUAUGAUGUUCCAGUUCCUCCAGUCCAACCAGGAGUCUUUCAUGAAUGGGAUCUGUGGUAUCAUGGCACUAGCUAGUGCUCAGAUGUACUCUUCCUUCGAGUUCAGCUGCCCUUGUAUGCCUGAAUAUAACUACAUGUAUGGGAUUGGACUGUUAAUCAUUCCACCCAUAUGGUUCUUUAUGCUGGGGUUUGUGAUGAACAAUAAUGUUUCAGUGCUAGCAGAGGAGUGGAAAAGACCCACAGGCAAACGAAGGAAGGACCCAACAAUCCUGCGCUACAUGUUUUGUUCUAUCACUCAGAGAUCCUUGAUAGCACCUGCAGUAUGGGUGUCUGUCACUCUCAUGGAUGGGAAGAGCUUCCUCUGUGCUUUCAGCGUCAACCUGGAUCUGGACAGGUUUGGGAAUUACAGUCUGAUGAGGGGGUUGUCAGAGGCAGAGAGACUUAAGCUGUUGGCAAGGAUUCCAUGUAAAGACCUGUUUGAGCAUCAAGAAAUAAGAAUUGCAGCAUCGCUGUACAUCAAGUGUUUAUCACAGGCGUGCGGAUGGAUGUUUCUACUCAUGAUGACCUUGACUGCCUUCCUGAUCCGAGCUAUCCGACCAUGUUUCACUCAAGCUGCCUUCCUCAAGACGAAGUACUGGUCUCAUUAUAUUGACAUUGAGCGCAAGAUGUUUGAUGAGACGUGUAAAGAGCAUGCCAAGAGUUUCGCCAAGGUUUGCAUCCAGCAGUACUUCGAGGGCAUCAGUGGAGAGAUGCGCAGCUUUCACAAACAUCGCUCCAACCAAGAUGACAGCGAUGACGAUGAUGAGGAUGAGAAGAAAAGUGAUGAGGAAAAGCUCUUGGGUAUCAGAGCUCAGGAUGACAUGAACAAAGUGUUAUGGAACUGGCACACCUGCAAGCCAGCUCUGAUUUUGAGAAAGGACCAAAUAGAUGGAGAAAACAAUGGCAGAAUGAAUGGCACUGCCAAUGGGGCAGCAAAUGGAUUUGUAAAGGGACACACCCAUGAGGUGGAGAAAAAGGAAUGGGCAGUUUAUUACAGCAAAGUUUGA